UUCACUCAAUAAAAGGUCUGUGCUGUUUUAUCUGCCACUGAAGAACAGACUGUCAGCAGAACGCUCUGGAAAAAGGACACAGGAAUUUAUCAACAAUUUUUGACACUGCUGUCACACAAAGAUCUCUAUUCUAACUGCAAUAAGACAAAAUAAAACAGGAUUGAUGAUGUACCAAUUACCUUCAAACAAUCCCAGUAAAACAAUCUCAAUUCCAACUGAACUUAGAGAUUCACUAUCAUGCCUCGACAUUGUAUGGUCCAAUAUCUUUGAGACUGUUGACUCAAAGAUCAAUCCAGACAGAGCUAGACAGUAUGAGGUUGACUUUCUCCAAGGAGCCCCACCAACAUGGUCGAAUUUUGACAAAUCAGCAAGCUUACAAUUGGUGGAAAGGGAUGGCUUUAAAGAUUUAAUACAGUUAAUUGAGGAAAAAAGAGAAAAAAGCUGUCUCAUCACUGAUGUUUCUUUACAAUACCAGCCUGGCAGUGGAGGAUCAACCCUCGCCAUGCAGGUGCUCUGGCAUUUCCGGAAAGAUCUCAGGUGUGCCAGAGUGAUCGAUUCUGACACCAAAAAGCUGUCGAAACAAGUGGUGGACCUUUUUCUGCUGUCUAAUGAGGAACAUGCAGAACAAGAUCGGAAAACUGUGCUGCUGCUACUAGACACCAAGGAAAAGAUGGACAAUGAUCUGCCUAUCAAGAAUGAUCUCUGGGAAAACCUGAUUGAAGAAAUACAUAAAAGGGACAUCAAUACUCAAACUCCAGUUGUGAUCAUUUUGAACUGCAGCACUGCAGACUUCAGUCUAAACGACACAAUGAUUCUUGACUCAAAACUCUCUGAAGAGGAAAUCAGACAAUUCAAGGAAAAACUGCUGCAACAGAUCCGAGUACAGAGAAAAAGCCAGUGGAAAGUUACAACCAUAAAUCUGUUGUACCACAAAGACAGCAGCGGAUCAGCAGUAGUCAGGGAGGUACUGCAGGACCUGAGGGAAGAGUUCACAUGUGAAAUCCUGACAGAACCAUUCACAACAGAGAUUACAGAAAAUAAAGAGGAGUUUAAAAAAGAGAUUGAAGAUAAGGCAAACAAACUGCACAGAAAAUAUGAAACACACAAAAAACCUGUGGUUCUCCUGUUGGAUCACAAGGAUGAUAAGUCACUACGCUACUUAUUAAAGAAUCUGCAGUCAAAGCUUCAGCGCUCUGAUCGAACUGACCAUCCUGCAUUCAUCAUUAUUAAUGCUGUGAAGAAGAGUGUUGUCCGAGCGCCAGGCCACGUGAAGCUGAAACUGGAGCUCUUACCAGAUGAGAAGGAGAAGUUUGCUCAGAAAAGGCAGGAGAUUGAAAAGAAACACAAGAAAAUAUCGAAAACGUUUCAUGCAUUCAACAUAAUGCAGGGAAGUUUCCAGAAAGAGGACGCAGAGAAAGUGAUCACAGAAGAAAUGAUCAAUCACAUUGGAAAUGACAAACAGUCUAGCAGCACAAGACUUCUCAGUUUUUUGGCUUUGAUGAAUUCAUAUGUCCCAGGCUCACACUUGUUGAAGCCUUUGUGCAAGACAUUCAUUGAGCAAACAAAAUGGCCCACUGAUGAGGGAAAACCUUCAGUGGAAAUGAUAAUGCAGCCUUUCAUGGAUCUCAUAGUCAUUUUCUCUGAUGGAAAGCAAAACUUCAUGCGUCUGAAACAUCCCAUGAUUGCUGAUGCAUGUCUGAAAAUGUUCACUGAAAACAAUCUGACAAGAUCUGACAUCGCUCUUGACUUCUUGAACAGCAUGGUUAAAGGAAAUGAGAGUAACUAUGGGCAAAUCUGCAAGAGAAUGUUAGUCACAAGACCUUACGGUCUGAUAAAAAAGCAGAAGUUUUCCAGACUGAUUCUUGACAUCAUAAUGGAAGGUAAAACUAACAAAUGCAUUAGUUUGCUGGAGAUGGCUUUAAAUUUGUUCUCCACAGACCCUUUUUAUCCUCAAGCACUUGCACGUUUGUAUUACAUUGAGGUAAUGGAGGAAGACAAAUAUCAGGAGGCAGAAAAAUGGGCAGAAGAAGCCAUUAAAAGAGACUCCAAAAAAUCUCAUAUUAGGGACACAUUGGGGCAAGUUUACAAAAACCACCUGCGGAGUGAAGUUAAAAAAUCAUGUCUAGACAUAAACACGUGUUUGGACAUUGCACAGUCUGCCAUUGAUGCAUUUAAACAUGAAGCGGAAGCAGCUGAACAUGAGUUAGAUGAUGACACCAGAUUCAAUAACAGGGGACAUUUUGGUUUUCUGCAGGUUUGCAAGGAGAUAAAAAGCUCAGAACCUCUAGAACAAUCAGAACAAAAGCUUCUCGAAGCUGAAGUUGAGUCGAAAUAUGACUUCUUUGAAUGGUACCUGGCAUUCUCAAGACUAAGCUACAACACAGAGGAACCAGACUACUUUCAUAGAGAUGUUGAAGAUUGCUACAAGCGAUAUUUUAAACAGGCAGAGCAGACUGAAAGAAUGGCCCUGAAUGAGAAAAAAAUGAAGUCUUUUGGAGGACUGCUUCAUUUCCUAAAAUCUGACAUUGAUGUGCUUAAAAAGAAUUUGAGUGCAAUCAAAAAACUCCAGUCCAAAAAUGAAACCCAAACCAUUCUCUACAUUUUUGCCAACAUCAUCUUGAGUCAGUCUGAUGAACCAUCUGAAAAAUCACAAGAGCUUCAGGACAGGUUACAGAAACUCUGGUCGACAGAAGUUCAUGGCAGAAGCCCAGAGUUUUACCUCUUGAUCCUUUUGCUCUUUUGGUCUGAUCAAGCAAAGAAGGCAAAGCCAAAACCUCCAAACCUUGAAAACUGUGUCAAAUAUAUGAGUCAGUCAUACAAGAGGACGUAUCAGAAAUACCUUCACGGUCGCUACCUGGAGCCUCUGUUCUUCUAUGGGAAAGGAGAAGGCUUGCAGAGACUGGUUCAUGCCUUAAAACCUCAUCAACAUAGUUUGCAGAGGCCGGUUCACUCAAAGCUAGAUAAAACUGAUCUGGAUCUCCUCACUGAAGGAGAUGGAAGUGUAGAAGUCAAAUGUCUUCAGCGUAUCAAUGGGAAGGUGGAGGAUCAUAAAGUGUUUGCUGUUAGAAAUGGGCAACAGAUUCCAGUCAUCGCUCACAAUCAGGCCAGUGUGUGCAGACGAGGCCAAGUGUCGUUCUACCUCGGCUUCACGAUCAGAGGACCUGUUGCCUACAACAUCAGAUAUCAGAACUUUCAUGGAUGAUCGAAUGCUGUCAGUUAGUCUCUUCGUUGACACUGGAAAUGCCCAACAGUGCAGCUCAUACAAUGACAAAAUGAGAAAAACGUUCAUCUUUCUUCUCAGCUGGAUGUGAAUUCAAGACUGUACAAGAACGAGACAACCUUUAUAUGAUAAUAUUUAGUGUGAUUAUAUUUGAAUUGCACUGUAUGAUUUAACUCUUCGACUAGGUGAAUGUGGGACCAAAUUUAUCUAUGAACUCAAAUGUCAAAGACAAAUUUUUAAAUGUCUUAAUAUUUUUGUUUCUACGUUCUGAAGAAAGAAAUGUGUGUUGGGUAUUAUCUAACAGACAAUUAGGUAAUAAUUAUUAGUUAAGCAGACUUCAGUCAUGGUACUUUUCACCUAUUUCCAGAGAGGACGUGUGUAGAAAGAAAGAAAAAUAUGAAAAAUAUUAUUCAUAAUUCAUAAUUACCAAUGAAACAAACACUGCCUGGUCUUGCCCAUCCAGUUGUCCAGUUUCCCUAACUUAAUUUUCAGGUUUUAAUUUUCCAGUUUGGACUUUGAUUGCUGGAUUAGCCUCAUGUUAUCAAUUACAUAAUAUAAGAGUCUUUAAACAUGAGUGUUUAGUUUUAAAGGUUAAGAAAAGUACUAAUGUCCAUCUUUUUUGAAACCAUGAAGAUAAUUCUACAGAUCAUGAUUGUAUCAUCGAAUUGACUUCCUCAUGUUCCUCCAGGGCCGAUCUUUUGGACUCGCCCCUGGAUGGGGGGGGAGAAUGUAUAUGUUGAUGGGUCAUGUUCAAAACCUUCUGAUGGGGUUUAUCUUUGUGGCUAUGCAGUGGUGUUAGACACUGGAGAGAUAAUAGAGACUUUUUCCUUGGACUACAAUUCUGCUCAAGCUGCUGAAUUGGUUGCAUUAAUACGAGCAUGCGAGCCGAUGGCAGGAAAACGUGUAACAAUUUACACUGACUUGAAGUAUGCAUGGGGGGGUGGUACAUCACUUUGCCAAAACAUGGGAAGCUAGAGAAUUCAAAACCCAUAGCUCAUUCAAAUUUAAUAGGACAAUUAACUAAGGCAGUACAGUUACCCGCCAAAGUGGCCAUAGUAAAGGUAAAAGGUCACACAACAGGGGAUGGCGAAUAAGCUGUAGGGAACAGAAAAGUAGAUAAAAUAGCCAAGGAAGCAGCGAAGGCCCAAAUCAGACCAAUGUUCGAUAUGGGUAACCAGAGUCAGGUAACUAUGACUGUGCAUAUAACUAAUAUACCUGAUAUUGACAUUAAGAUCCCGCAGAGUCAACCGACACAGGCUGACUUACAGCAUUGGCGAAAACACGGCUGUGCCCCAGAUAAAAAAGGGAUUGUGAGAGAUGAAAAAGGAAGAAUAGCACUUCCGAAGUUAGGAUUAAUAAUCCUCAUCAGACAUUACCAUGGUUUGUCACACACACAAGUUGUGCAAAAGUAGUACAAGUAAUCAAUCAAUUGUAUUGUAUUGCAGAUGUACACAAAACUGCGAAGCUCAUUCUAGACUCAUGUCUUAAGUGUGCACAAGUAAAUCCGCACAGACCAAUUAAACAUGAUGCACUACCGCAUCCGCAAGCACCGUUUCAGAAUGUGCAGAUUGACUUCACGCACAUGCCGCCAAUAAGUAACUUGAAAUAUCUUUUGGUAAUUGUGGAUUGAUUUUCGAAGUGGUCAGAAGCAUUCCCGUGUGUGAAAGAAGAUGCUAAAACUGUGGUAAAGAUUCUAACCAAAGAAAUUCCUCGAUUUGGCAUACCUACCACUAUUGAAAGUGAUAAUAGGACGCCAUUUGCGUCAAGGGUAACAUGGAAGUUCCACAUACCCUACCAUCCAGAAUCUUCAAGCAACGUCGAACGUCUGAAUCAGACCCUCAAGAGAAGGCUCACAAAAGCCGCCAUAGAUACGGGGAAGAAAUGGGUAGAUUUAUUACCCAUGGUAUUGACCGAGAUAAGAAUGACUCCAUCUUCCACAAAUAAAUUCUCACCAUUUGAAAUACUAAUGGGCAGGCCUUACCCGACCCCAUGGGCUAAAGGUCGUGCAGGCAUUACUUUCCUAGGUGACCUGGAGGUGAUACAGGAGGACUACGUAACUUCCCUCAUUGAGAAACUUAAUUCCAUAUGUGCUGAUGUCUCUCUGUGUCUUCCUCUUCCUUCAGAAAACCCCACUCACCCUUUUGUUCCAGGUCAAAGUGUGCUGAUCAAAAGCUUAAAACCAACGAAGGUGGGAGAACCAAGGUAUCUUGGACCAGCCACUGUGAUCGCAGUAACCGGGACAGGAGUUCUGACAGAUUACCAACCGCAGUGGAUACACGCUUCAAGAAUAAAG